AUGGAUAACCACCAAAAUCUAAUGGAAAUAGAUUUACCAAACGGUUCAACGACAAAGGAGGUCCGCCUUCCUAUUGUAGGCAUGACAUGCCAGAGUUGUGUACGUAAUAUCGAAGGCAAUAUUGGUACAAAGUCUGGAAUUAUCAAGUGUCGAGUGGAACUCCAAGAGAAUGCAGGCUAUUUCACAUAUGACAGCAGCAUAACAAAUCCCCAACAAAUAGCCAAUGAUAUCGAUGACAUGGGAUUUGAGUGCAGCUACAAUGGAGACAAUGACGAAAAUGGAAUAACUGCAGGCGGAGAUUCUACUCAGCAGAAAUGCGUCAUACGAGUUGUGGGCAUGACAUGCCAAAGUUGUGUACGCAAUAUUGAAGGCAAUAUUGGCACCAAGGAGGGCAUAAAAUCAAUCAAAGUUAGCUUGGAAGACAAACAGGCUGAAGUGGAAUAUGAUAGCCAGAAACUUACACCCGAUCUCAUAGCUGAAAUGAUAGAUGAUAUGGGUUUUGAGGCAAGUGUAAUGAAUGGAAAUGCCCUCACCACGACGACGACGAUGACGCCCAGUAGAACAACACCAGCCUCCUCAAAAUCACCCUCACCCACAAAAAGUGUAGGCGAACAAAAGCAACAGGUUGCAACAAAUGGAAAUGCCACAGCCAUACCCAUCGAAAAGGAAUUCCUAUCGAAAUGUUUUCUGCACAUACGGGGAAUGACCUGUGCCAGUUGUGUGGCCACCAUCGAAAAACAUUGCAAGAAAAUUUAUGGAAUUGAUAGUGUAUUGGUUGCAUUGCUGGCAGCCAAAGCGGAAGUGAAAUACAAUGCCAAUGUAAUUACGCCCGAAAGUAUUGCAAAAUCCAUAACAGAAUUGGGAUUUCCUUCGGAACUAAUUGACGAACCCGACAGCGGUGAAGCUGUUGUGGAGAUAGAUAUAAUAGGCAUGACCUGUGCAUCGUGUGUAAAUAAAAUUGAAACGCACACCAGAAAAUUGAAAGGCGUUUCCGAGGCAUCGGUAACGUUGCUUACAAAACGAGGAAAAUUUCGCUACAAUACUGAUGUAACUGGCCCGCGCAACAUAUGCGAAGCUAUCGAACAAUUGGGCUUCCAAGCCCGCCUUCUAUCCGGCAAAGAUAAAAUGGCCCAUAGCUAUUUGGAACACAAGGAAGAAAUACGCAAAUGGCGUACAGCAUUUCUCAUCUCGUUACUAUUCGGUGGACCCUGUAUGAUUGCCAUGAUCUAUUUUAUGGUCGAAAUGGGUAAUAAAGGACAUGCCGCCAUGUGUUGCAUAGUACCCGGCCUGUCUAUGGAAAAUCUGGUUAUGUUUCUGCUCUCAACACCAGUGCAAUUUUUCGGUGGUUGGCAUUUCUAUGUCCAAUCAUACAAGGCCAUAAAACAUGGCAGCACCAAUAUGGAUGUCCUCAUAUCGAUGGUCACAACAAUUUCCUAUUUAUAUUCGGUAGGUGUGGUCAUUGCUGCUGUCCUCAUGGAACAAAAUUCAUCACCUUUAACGUUCUUUGAUACACCACCAAUGCUAUUGAUAUUUAUAUCAUUGGGCCGAUGGUUGGAACACAUAGCCAAGGGUAAAACUUCCGAAGCUCUGUCAAAACUAUUGUCGCUCAAAGCAGUGGAAGCUGUUUUAGUUGAAAUUUCUGCAGAUUUUGAGAUUACUUCGGAGAAGGUGAUAUCCGUUGACUAUGUGCAAAGAGGUGACAUUUUAAAGGUGGUGCCGGGUGCCAAAGUUCCAGUCGAUGGCAAAGUUCUGUAUGGCCAUUCAACGUGCGAUGAAUCACUGAUUACGGGUGAAUCAAUGCCGGUGGCAAAACGCAAGGGGGCUGUGGUCAUUGGCGGUUCCAUUAACCAAAACGGCGUCUUACUGAUAACAGCCACUCAUACGGGUGAGAAUACUACACUGGCACAAAUUGUACGCUUGGUGGAAGAGGCCCAAACCUCGAAGGCACCAAUUCAACAAUUGGCUGAUCGCAUAGCGGGCUAUUUUGUGCCGUUUGUUGUAGUGGUCUCCAGUGUGACAUUAAUUGGCUGGAUAAUAGCAGGUUUCAUAGAUCCCGAUCUGGUACCAGUUGCCAGGGAACACAAGGCCCACAUGGAUACAAACACCAUUGUUGUGAGUUAUGCAUUCAAGUGUGCCCUCAGCGUUUUGGCCAUUGCGUGCCCUUGUGCAUUGGGUUUGGCAACGCCAACCGCGGUGAUGGUGGCAACUGGCACCGGAGCUAUUAAUGGUGUUUUGGUAAAGGGAGCCACGGCAUUGGAGAAUGCCCACAAGGUCAAAACUGUGGUAUUUGACAAAACCGGCACCAUAACCCAUGGCACACCCAUGACCUCAAAGGUCAUUAUGUUUGUUAAACCUGCCGUUUGCAGUUUGGCCCGAGCCCUCACAAUUGUUGGAGCCGCAGAAUCGAAUAGUGAACAUCCCAUUGCCUCAGCUAUAGUACGCUUUGCCAAAGACAUGUUGGCUCAAGAAUCGUUGGGCAAGUCUUCCAAUUUCCAAGCUGUACCGGGAUGUGGUAUAAAGGUAACGGUAUCACAUUAUGAGACUGCUCUGCGUCAAGCUUGUCAUGCCGAAAAGAUAAUCAACUAUGAAAACAGCUAUCGUUCACAUGGUAAUAAUAUUGAAAAGGCUCCCAUUCAUUUGGAAAAUGGAGUAUCCAUUUCGGAAUUAUUAUAUGCCACAAAUGGUGAUGCCGAACGUUCCAAGGUGCAGGCCCAGCAACAAUUGCAAUUGUUGCAAUUAGACGAUCAGAUAACUGGACAACAACCUGAGGAAGUGGUCGGAGAUACAAUAUCGAUAAUGGAUAGUGAAAUAAAUGUCCUAAUUGGUAAUCGGGAAUGGAUGCUACGAAAUGCCAUACAAGUUUCGGCGGAAAUCAAUAAUGCCAUGACCGAAGAGGAAGCGAAGGGUCAUACAGCGGUGCUGUGUGCCUUAAAUGGUCAUUUGAUUUGCAUGAUUGCUGUAUCGGAUAUGGUGAAACCCGAAGCUCAUUUGGCUGUAUAUACUCUCAAGAAAAUGGGCAUAGAGGUUAUUCUACUGACGGGAGAUAAUAAAAAUACGGCAGCUAGUAUUGCAAGAGAGGUUGGCAUCAAUCGUGUUUUCGCCGAAGUUUUACCUUCGCACAAAGUUGCCAAAAUACAACGCAUUCAGGAAGCCGGCCACCGUGUGGCCAUGGUGGGUGAUGGUGUUAAUGACAGUCCUGCCUUGGCUCAGGCCGAUGUAGGCAUUGCCAUUGCUGCUGGUACAGAUGUAGCCGCCGAAGCUGCCGAUGUGGUGCUGAUGCGUAACGAUCUCCUCGAUGUUGUGGCCUGCCUUGACUUAUCCCGCAAAACCGUCAAACGUAUUCGAUACAAUUUCCUCUUUGCCAGUAUGUACAAUCUGCUCGGUAUUCCACUGGCAUCGGGUAUAUUUGCACCAUUUGGUAUCACGCUGCAACCCUGGAUGGCAUCCGUUGCAAUGGCUGCCAGUUCAAUAUCCGUGGUAUGUUCCUCAUUGUUGCUGAAAUUAUAUCGCAAGCCGACGGCUGCUAAACUGCACACCACAGAAUAUAUGCAAUAUGUGUCCACGGCAAAGGAACGUGAACCUGACCAGCUAUCGCUGCAUAGGGGCUUGGAAGAUCUACCCCGUAGACGUUCCAGUUCAUCAUUGUUGUCGCGUCUUCUAUUACGCUCUGGUAGCGUUAAAAUCGAUCCCAAAGAAGAUUCUCUGCUGGCCGGUGAAGAUGUUGACUUCAUCAAACCAAAAAUUGUCAAAUCGAAAAAUCUGCAAGACGUAACCGAGCUGCAAAAAUUAUAGACUAAAUAGG